UAAAGGCUUCAUCUAGGAUACUAAAUCGGAAUCGCCGUUAAUGCGGGUUUAAGGUGCAGUCUGCGCGCAAACGGCACAUAAUGGCAAAGCGGCCGCGUCUCCAUCUUACAACUAUGAUUAAACGUCGUCCCCCUACAACCACUCCACCCUCCCCUUUUAUUGCAUUUUGGCGUGUCCCUGGAGUGCCGUAUUAAAAAGAGAGGAUCUCGGUGGAUGUGCGCUUGGAUACGCUUCCAUCUACACGCCCCGGCUGACUAAACGCUGCCCCGCACACGCACUUCCUUUUUUCUCCCCAAGCUGUCAUAUCCCUGCCUUAUGGUGCCAUCGUGGGCCGGAUCGGAGUAACGCCGGGAGAGACAUGGCUAUCUGCCGCAUUUAAAGGGAUCAUUUUUGUACGGGUGCGGGGGGGCAUCUUUGGUGCGUGCGGAUCGACUCGGACCCGCAGAUCGACGCCGUGAUCCUGUGGGAGGAGAGCCGCUUCUUGAAGGGAUCGGCCCGUUUGUCAUGCUCCUGUUUCGGGCUGGUAAGGAACCUCAGCGCUGAGCCCCGAGCACAACUAUGGAAUGCUGUCUCCAGUUGACUCCAAUUUACACCCUACGGACUGACGAGGAAUCGCUCAGUUAGCAGCCUGCUUUUCCCGGAGAACUUUUCUGGCGUCCGGCCUGAGGCCCCUUCUCGCAGGACCAGCGGCUGCCCCGCUCAGUCGUCCCCUCCUGCUGUUGGGAUUUUUGUUUUCCCCACCUCUUUUUUUUUGGGUUCUUUUGAAUUCUGACUCAAGAAGUCAAGAUGGAUCUGGAGUCGUACCUGUGGAUGGUGGUGUUGGGCUUCAUCAUCGCCUUCAUCCUGGCCUUCUCGGUGGGCGCCAACGACGUGGCGAACUCCUUCGGCACGGCCGUGGGCUCGGGCGUGGUCACCUUGCGGCAGGCCUGCAUCCUAGCUUCCAUCUUCGAGACGCUGGGCUCCGUGCUAUUGGGGGCCAAAGUUGGAGAGACCAUCCGGAAGGGCAUCAUUGACGUAAACCUCUACAAUGACUCGGUGCCCGUCCUCAUGGCUGGGGAGGUCAGCGCAAUGGUGGGCUCUGCGGUGUGGCAGUUAAUUGCCUCCUUCCUGAAACUGCCCAUCUCCGGGACCCACUGCAUCGUGGGCUCCACCAUCGGCUUCUCCAUGGUAGCCAUCGGCACGCAGGGCGUCCAGUGGAUGCAGCUUGUUAAGAUCGUUGCUUCAUGGUUCAUCUCCCCUCUUCUGUCUGGAAUCAUGUCUGGAUUACUGUUUCUUCUCAUCAGGUACUUCAUCCUCAGCAAGGAUGACCCGGUCCCCAAUGGCCUCCGCGCUCUACCUCUCUUCUACGCCUCCACCAUUGGUAUCAACACCUUCUCCAUCAUGUACACCGGAGCCCCCUUGCUGGGCCUGGAGAUGCUGCCGGUCUGGGCCAUAGCCCUGAUCUCGCUGGCUGGAUCUCUGGUCUGUGCAGCACUGGUCUGGAUCUUCGUCUGCCCGUGGAUGAGGAGGAAAAUAGCAAGCCGGCUGAAGAAGGAGCAUGCUCUUUCCAGGAUAUCGGACGAGAGCUUGGAUAAGAUCCCGGAAGAGGAAGAGGAGGCUCCCGUCUUCAAGGAACUGCCGGGGGCCAAGGGGACGGACGACGCCGUGGUACCCCUGACCGAGUCCGCAGGGGAGCUGAGCAGCCUGGCCAAUGGGGGCGCUGUGCUGCCCAAUGGCAGGGUUUAUGGCCGCACUCACUCCAUGACCAACGGCUGUUUGAAGUCGCCCAUCUCCAACGGCAGCUUCAGCUUCGACGGGCACAUGCGCAGCGACGGCCAGGUCUACCACACGGUGCACAAGGACUCGGGCCUCUACAAGGAUCUGCUGCACAAGAUCCACCUGGGCCGGCUGGAAGACGAGCGUCCCGGCAGCGGACUGGACAACAGCUACCGGCUGCUGCGGCGCAACAACAGCUACACGUGCUACACGGCGGCCAUCUGCGGCAUGCCGGUGCAGCCCCUGCUGCGAUCCGAGACGGUCGCCGCGCCUGAGGACAGCGAGAAGCUGGUGGGUGACAGCGUCUCUUACUCCAAGAAGCGCGUUCGCUACGACAGCUACUCCAGCUACUGCAAUGCCGUGGCCGAGGCCGAGAUCGAGGCCGAGGAGGGCGGGGUCGAGAUGAAGCUGGCCGCCGACUCCAUGGAGGCCCCUGCACCGCUGGGCAUGGAGGACCAGGCUGAGGAGGACAAGGAGGAGAAGGACAAGGCUCAGGUCUUCCUGCUCUUCCACUUCUUGCAGAUCCUCACUGCCUGCUUCGGCUCGUUUGCCCAUGGUGGCAACGACGUCAGUAAUGCAAUCGGCCCCCUGGUGGCGCUGUGGAUGAUCUACGAGCAAGGUGGGGUAAUGCAGGAUGCAGUCACGCCCAUCUGGCUGCUCUUUUAUGGGGGUGUGGGCAUCUGCGCCGGCCUGUGGGUGUGGGGGCGCCGCGUCAUCCAGACGAUGGGCAAGGACCUGACCCCCAUAACCCCCUCCAGUGGGUUCACUAUUGAGCUGGCUUCCGCACUCACUGUCGUGUUCGCCUCCAAUAUCGGACUCCCUAUCAGUACCACACACUGCAAGGUGGGCUCCGUGGUUGCCGUGGGCUGGAUCCGCUCGAAGAAGGCGGUGGACUGGCGCCUCUUCCGGAACAUCUUCCUGGCCUGGUUCGUGACGGUGCCAGUGGCAGGUCUCUUCAGCGCCGCCAUCAUGGCCCUGUUCGUCUACGGCAUCCUGCCCUUCGUCUAAGAGGCCAAGGGGGAAAGGGGGGGGGGGGGAAGAUGGACAGACCCAGGGCAGGGGAGGGGCGGAGCUUACGGAUGAGUGUAGGAUCAUUGGCUGCCUGGGGUGUCUCCCGAAUAUAUUCCCAUUUCUCUUGUUUUCCCACUUUUUUAAAAAAAAAAUAAUUUUAAGGUUGUUCUUAUUUGCAUAUGAAACGAACAGCACCAGCACCAAAUUAUACUGAUGUUUCAAAUCGAGCUGCUGUAUAUAAAACACCAGAGGGUUUGAGAUUUAAAGAAAAAAAAAAUCGCAUUUAGAAAAUGCAACUGCUAACACAGGUGUGUUUAUUUACACACGCGCACACAUGUUAAUAGAAUAAUAGAGGUAUUAUGCGCCUGCGGUAACUUGCUUAAUAAAGUUUAUUGGUACCUGAGUAUUGGUCAUGUUUGCCGAGUAGUUUAGUGAUCCUGAGAAGUGUAAAUACCGCACCCUCUUACGUGGGACGCCGUCGUACUCCAGCUUGCUUUGGGAUUGUCAGCGGGCUCGGCCCUGCCCCCUCCUACAUGCCACAUCACAUACCAGCUUGCAGGGUACAUACCCCCGUUCCCCCCCAGUGCCCCCUGCAGGUGAGGAGAGCACUUCAUUGUGGGGAUGCUGUAUCUUAAUUUUACGUGAUGAUAAAAAAAAAAAAGAUUUUUGGAAGUUGUAAUUGAACAAAUGGUUCCUCAUAAGUUCUAAGAUGGAUCUCAUAUUUUAUUAUUGUAUGAUACUGUAUUUUCUACUGUAAAUACUUUCCUCAGUGUUUUUUUUUUCAGUUUUUGUCAUGGAAGUCUCCAGAAAACACAUUAUGAUCACUAGUGCCAAUGGAAAUCUUAUCCGAAUGUGGAAUGGGGUCACUUUCUGAGAUGCGCAGGCAGAUACUGACCCAUGGGCUCUUACACACUAAUACAACGUCUGGCCCUUGUAAAUUGACGUCGACAUGCCCCUUUGCACAACCCUAACCCUUUCUCGAUGCACUGACGCAUACACACCAGCCCUUUUCACAGCAGCACUGACAAAACAGCACUGACGCUUGUGUUCUGGCUUGUAGGGGGGACGCAUAUCGCAUAUCUUUACCGGCAUGUCAAGUCCGCUAAGUGCUUAUGUGCGCCCCCCCCCCCCCACGCAACACAGACACAGACUCCGACACCCGCCGCACGUUCGUGUCGCCGUCAUUUGCUUCAGGUCCGGGCGCCGUGGCUUUCGCGUGUCGGAUUGCACGCGGGUCGCAGAGACCGCAGGGUCUGUUCAGAAGAACGUGGCACUGGAAGAUCUCAACGGUGUCCCGUAUUUUGCCGUUACCUGUGGCCGACGAAUCGCAAAUUACUGAUUCGUUGGCGUUUUGUUUUCGGGGUCUCUACCAAACGCCCUAAAAGCAUUAAAAUUAGUACCAAAGAUCCAGGGGAAUUGCUUGUCACUGUCGGUGUUCUUCAUUCGAAGUCGGUUUUGGCGAAUAACGAUAAUUGAAAUGGUCCUUUCCUGGUCCGCUGGUUAAUCUUUUCAGGCGUGAAGAAAAGUGCGUGUGUCUGAUUCACCACGAAGGGUGGCUGGUGGUUGGAUUUAAUUAAAAGUAGAGCUCUGGUGAUUUUUUUUCUGGUGCUUGCUGUGUUUUUUUUCCUCCCCUGAAUUUUUGUACCUGGGGGGGGGGGGGGGGGGGGUGGAAGGAGACUGAACGGGUUAGGGUGAUUUUUUUUCUUUUCUUUUCUGUUUAGCAGGGAUAUCAUGUGAUCCCACACACCAGCACACUGCAUACAGCACAACUGCUCUCCUUCAGAUGUUAUUUUUUUAGUCUUUUUUUUUUUCUUUCAAAAAAACAAAAAAAAGAUUAGCCAGCCGCUGGAGGUAACGAGUCCCAGGCUGGGCUCUUUUACCUAUGUGGACUGAGGGAGAUGUUGUCAAACCCCCCCCCCCCCUCAACCCACAACCCCCAACCCCCCACGGUGGCAAAAUUACCACACUACAGGCAAUCAAAGCAACUUCUGAUGCAGCCUGCUCUCUCAGUCCUGUAUAUAUGGUAUUUAAUCCCAUGGCUUUAAAAUCAGAUCAACUCCAUUGGGGUGGCGUCCGGCAGCACAGCACAAAUCCAUUCGUAGAUGAAGGUUCCGGUGGCAAAGGCCGUCGUGGUGAGGACCUGUUUCAGCGCGAAGAAUUUCCAGGCUCUUGAGAGUUUUACUUGCACUAAAAUGUUCUGAGAGUGUAAUGAAUGAAUGAUUGAUUGGUUCAUAGAGAUAACCAAUCAGACUGUAGAGGAGGUGGGGCCAAGCAACUUGAGGAGGGGGGACAAAGACAUCUGAUUGGUCCCGUCUCCUCUAUUUGCAUGGAUCCACCUCCUCUAAAAUCUGAUUGGUUCGGAGAGUUAACCAAUCAUUUUUCAUUCUGUUCAGAACAUUUUUGUGUAAGUGAAACUCCCAUGUGCCGUUUCCUGUUUUUACCGAUGCACAGACCGCUGCGACCUGUCGCCGUUUUAACCAAGCGAUCGCCUAAAGAUGCCAUCGAAAGGAUAAUGGUGCUAUGUGCAGAAAAAUAACCCUAGAAAAGAGGCGUGUCUUUAUUUUGUAUUACUGAUUAAAACGAGCAGUUCGUUAACAGCUUAACACUAAAUUACCUGUAUGGAUUGAAAUCAUUAAUAAGAAAUGAAUAAAUGUUCAUCGGAGUAUAUUUUUCUACUUUUGGCCGCUGAGCUUCAGCUAUCUCGUAGCCUACGUGUCAUGGAGGGGUAACCUGGGAGCCGGCGUUAACCCCCCCCCCACGUGUCGUGGUGUUUGGUUCACAGUAUACGUCGGUAUUCCUGUCGUGUUUAAAUUCUAAAAUGCUUCGUAAAUGUGCCCUGGCAUUGGUGCCAAACAGCUCCUCCGGCAUGAUGGUCUUUGGCCCAUGGCGUGGGGCCUCACGGUCAGGAGUGCUUGGGGGGGGGGGGGGGGCUCUCGCAGGCUGUGUUGCAUUUCCCACGCCUCCGCUCUCACUUGGCUCCGGUCCGCGGCUGUUUUUAGCUUUACUCGUCUUGAGUGUUUAACGUAUGGAAAUUGGUUUAAAAAGUAUGUUCACGUUGAGUUAAGUGUGCUUGUUUAACAUUGUCGUUUUUUUUUUUUUUUGACUGAGCUACGAUCCAAUUCCGCAGAAAAUAAUUUGGUUGAAAUAAUGGAUUUACAUCUGAUUUACUUUAUUUUGAAAUUUUCUUUUGGCUUCAGAGGAGUGUUGGUCCAGCAGUCUGACAGCUUGGGUCCACAGAUUUACUUGUGCCCCGUAUCACAGAUAUUACAAAUCCCGCGGGGAAGGUAUAGUCCUGUAUGUGCAGUGUACCGUGUGUCUCACGUGGUCUGUCCCGUGGGAGUUGUAGUCUGUAGCACUUCGUACGGUGGCUGAGAUGGGACUCACUAAACAGGGAGGAGUGAAUCUGAGAGGGGUCCCCACAGUUCCCUGCCCCGCUUCUGUGCGGGAGAGUGGCCCAUUUCGGUUAGCUGAGAGAUGGUAAACCAUAUCGUUCAGUCCCAGCCAUACUGUUACCGGCUGCCAAUUUGUUCAGAGUUUUUCUCCGUGUUGUGACAUCAGGGUUCAAGAGGAAAAUAAUAAAAAAAUGAACUUGAAAAACAGGAGCCUAGAGCAUGUCAGUGUUUUGUGCUUUCCUCCUCUGGUCCACAUGGUCAGGCCUCGCCACCGCGAGCCCCCAGUCUUCCUCAGCUCUGUGUUGUGUUUGAACUGCCGUUGUUGGUUUGAAAAACUCGCCGUCCUUCAUCGCUAAGGACUGGCCCCUGAGAACUAACGAAACUGUUCUGAUCUGCAUAUAGAAUGUACUGUAUUUUCCGUUUUAAUUUUAGUGAAAAUUGUCAGCAUUUAAAAUUAAAUUAUGGGAAUAAAAAUUGCAAGGAGCACUAAGA